AUGAAGGCUUACGACAGCGUACUGCACAGUGCUGUCGUGGCGACGCUGCAGCAGGCUGGCGUGGACGGUAGCAUGCUCCUCUGUAUCCAGGACUUCCUCUCGUCACGGUCCCUCUUUGUUCGCACCUCUGAUGGUGACACCCGAUCCUUCUCCGUCUGCCGCGGGGUCCCACAAGGCAAUGUGCUUAGCCCUCUUCUUUUCAACAUCAUUAUGGCUUCCCUACCAGCCCUCCUACGCGAUCACACCAAUAUCACAGUCUACGCGGACGACAUGUGCCUCUGGACGUCCAGCCUGCGCCGCGAUGUCAUCCAACGCCGUCUCCAAGGGGCCCUCGACACGGUCGUAGCAUACCUUUGUGAUCGUGGGCUGUCUGUCUCCCCAACCAAAACUGUCGCCAUGGCAUUUACCCGCCGCUCCUUCCUUCGCUUCCCACUCCACGUCGCAGGAUCGCCAGUGCAUUUUGCAUUGAGCUACAGGUACCUGGGCAUCAUUAUCGACAGGGGCCUGAAGCAGCUCAAAUAUCUCUCUUCUAAGGUAAACAACAUCGUCAGCGUUCUUCGUCGCGUCUCUGGAAUGUCGUGGGGCCCUACUUGUGCUGACCUUAAGUCUGUCCACUGCUCCCUUGUACUUGGAACGCUGCGCUACAGCCUCCCCAUUUUACAUGGACUAAGCAGAGCUAGUGAACGGGAGCUCCUCAACCUCCAGGCCCGCAGCCUUCGCGUCUGCCUGGGCGUCCCUAAGACGACAGAGACCGUCUCCGUUCUCGCAGAGGCGAGGGAGUCACCGAUGCCCACCUUGCGUGACAAGGAGACCCUCCGCAUCUACACAAGCAUCCCUGGCACCUUCAAAAAAGGCGACCACCCUCCAGUCGCUUUGCUCCAACUCGUGCUGGAACACCUUAAUAACGUGCACUCCCGAAGAAUAGCGAUCUACACGGACGCGUCGGUCUCCGCGGGCACCUCAACUUUAGCCGUUGUUGUGCCUUCAGAAAAUUACGAACUAGCGCUCAGGCUUCCUCACGAGACAUCCUCCACCGAAGCAGAGCUCGCCGCCAUCAAUGAAGCCCUGAGACUUAUAUCAACAAGGCCCCCAAACAACUGGACUGUGCUUACAGACAGCAAGGCGGUGCUGCAAAUAUUAUCUUCUCCUUGCUCCAAGAUCGUCACAGACAUCUGCUCCCUAGCCCUCACGACAUACAGCCGUCUCACCGCCUCCGGCCACAGCGUGUGGCUUCAAUGGGUCCCCAGCCACAUCGGCCUGCCGGGAAAUACCCGCGCUGACGCUGACGCGAGAGACGCGCACGGGGCAGCUGCUACCACAAUGACCACCACCAUUCCUCUCACUCCAUCGGCCUGCUUGAUACAGAUCCGCUGCCAGACGUCUCGCAGCACCCUCGCGUUUAGCUCAAACGCUGUAGCGGCAAACACGUUCCCCCACUCCAUCGACCCGAGGAUAGAACUCACCCUCUCCCAGCGGCUGUCGCGACAGGAGGAGUCGAUCCUCCAUCGCCUACGCCUCGAUGUUGCCCUGACCCCGCUGCUCCUCUCUAGGAUGGAUAGACGGACGUCCCCGAUGUGUCCCUGCUGUGCUGCAGUCGCCGACACACGCCAUCUAUUGCUGCACUGCAAGCGGUACGCCGGCCCCCGAGCCGCCCUCGCCUCAAAUCUCACUUCCCUAGGCCACAGGGAACUUUCCCUGGCGACGCUGCUGGGACCUGUUCGGCACUCCAGACAGUGGGCAGUCACCCGAGCCCUCCUGUGUUACCUGAAGGACACUGGGCUGCUCAGCAGUCUUUGA